AUGUUACCCCUCCUCAUACCCAGGAGAUUGGCCAUUCACUCCAAAGGAGUUAUUUUUAACAAAAGAGUUCCAAUUAAUCUUUCCUUUAAGCGGGCCCUUUUUCACUUCAACUCACCACUAAUUACAUAUCCGGUUGUCAGAGCCAUUAUUACUAGGUCAUACUCACAGCAUAGAGGAAACAAUCCAUGGUCCAGUAGAUCAACCAAAAAGCUCAACCAAUUGGUUCCUGACCCUUUGAAGGUGCUAAUUGGUUUAGUUGGAACAGCUUCUUUAUUGUUUGUUGUUGCAGCUCCGUUGCUAUUUGUUAUCUUGCCCCCGAUAUUGCUAGGAGGCUAUUUUACUACAAGAUUAAGACUCAGAAGAAUUGAGAGUCAAAUGCAACAGAGGUGGCAGCGAGCUUUAUCGUCGAGUUUGAAAUUCACGCCUAGAGAUGAUCUAACCGUUUCUCAAAUUGAACUAUCAAGGGCAGUAUUGGACCGAUUAGUUCUCGCUGUGGAUGACAAUGAGCAACAUCUGAAAGACCUCCUUGGAUUGAAGGUAGACCAAGAUGGAGUAUUGCCCCGUUUAGCCUUGGGAGAAGCGGAAAGAAUUGAAUACGACUCUAGAUAUUCCUCUCCAGGUGUUGAGGAGAUUUUAAUGGUUCUUUUUUUUCCCCUAACAGAUGGAAAGCAUAGACUGGCGAACGUAGUUGUUUCGUUAGCUGGAAAUUCAUUGAGUCCUUCUGAAUCCAGGAAGAUGGUUCUUGAAAUUCAAGUUGGAAACUUUGUCAGACCCGUCUUUAUCACCAAUGAUAGACAAUUUGAGGACGAUCUCGUCAUCGACGUAAAAGGAAAGACUACAACACGAGAUUAA